ACAUCCACAGGCUUUAUUAUGAACACGCAGUCCAAGUGCAGGCUCAUCCGUGGUGUAGUUCAAUGAAAUAAAGUCGUUGUCAAGUAGCUCAUCCUCGCUAAAAUAUUUAUCAAUCCAGAUAUUUUUUUUUUACAGCUCUGGGGUGAAGUUGGACACUGACAAAGCUUCUGCAUACAGCUGCAAGCUAACAGUAGCUAUAGCGGAGGGGGGAGACAGUGCAGUGCAGCUGGAUCACUCACGCAGCAAGCUAAAGCUCACGGUGACGGUACAGCUGUUGAAGGCUGAACUCCAGAGGACCCGCCGUCCAUCCCUCCGGAGUAACGUUACCGCCCGGGAGGAGGAAAUGAACGAGCUGGUGAAGAGUUUGCCCUCCCCGACUCUCCCGGGGCUCCUCCUGCCCGGCGCAGAUACCUACAAAGGCUGGCUCUUUAAAUGGACCAACUACCUGAAAGGCUACCAGCGUCGGUGGUUCGUGCUCAGUAACGGCCUGCUGUCCUAUUACAGGACUCAGGCGGAGAUGGCUUACACCUGCCGGGGCACAAUUCCUGUCGCAACAGCACACAUCGAGGUGGGUGACACUUGCCACUUGGUGUUGACAAGCGGAGGAAGAAACUACCACCUGAAGGCCACCUCUGAGGGAGAGUGUCAGCGAUGGGUGUCAGCCCUGCAGCAAGCCAAAGCCAAUGCCAAUUUAUUGAUGCAUCACUCGGAUGACUCAGGAGAUGAAGGCCCUGAACCUCAGGAAGAUCGAGCCCUAACCCAAGGAGUGCUCAAGAGUCUGGCCAGCAAGCUAGAUGACCUGAGCACCUGCAAUGAGCUGAUAGGAAAGCACGGCGCCGCCCUCCAGCGCUCCCUCAGUGAACUUGAGGACCUGCGUGGAUCCGCUGACAGCACGGACAGAGUGAAAGCUGUUAAUGAGCGAGCCACUCUUUUCCGCAUCACCUCCAAUGCUAUGAUCAAUGCUUGUCGUGACUUUCUGGACGUAGCAGACUCUAACAGCCGGAGGUGGCAGAAGACCCUGCAGUAUGAGAGAGAACAGCGCCACCAUCUGGAGGAGACCAUCGAACAGUUAGCCAAGCAGCACAACAGCUUAGAGAGAGCUUGGAGGGAGAAUCCCUCUUCGUACACAGGUGUGGAGCGGUCUCAGGAGGGGGAUGCAAGUGAUGAGAAUGACGAGGCCGAGUUCUUUGAUGCCAUGGAGGACUCCCCUGCAUUCAUAACUGUUACUACUAGUGGCGAAAUACAGCAUAAGCGCUCAGGUAGUAUUCAGAGUAUGAUGAGCGGAGGAGUGUCCAAUGACUGGACUCACAAUGAAAAUGAUACCUCAGGCACAAUGCACAUGCAGCUACGAAGAACAAGACGCAGUCGUAUUCCUGACAAACCAAACUACUCCCUCAACCUGUGGAGCAUCAUGAAGAACUGCAUUGGCAAAGAUCUGUCCAAGAUACCCAUGCCUGUAAACUUCAACGAGCCGUUGUCCAUGCUGCAGCGACUGACUGAGGAUCUGGAGUACAGCGAGCUUCUGGACCGAGCAGCACGCUGUGACUCCUCUCUGGAGCAGAUGUGCCUGGUAGCCGCUUUUUCGGUCUCCUCCUACUCCACCACAGUCCAUCGCACAGCCAAACCCUUCAACCCUCUGCUUGGAGAGACGUACGAGCUGGACAGACUGGAGGAGUACGGUUAUCGCUCCAUCUGUGAGCAGGUCAGUCAUCACCCACCCGCUGCUGCCCACCAUGUGACAUCACAGCGAGGAUGGACCUUGUGGCAGCACAUCACUAUUGAUAGCAAGUUUCGUGGGAAAUAUAUUUCUGUCGUGCCUUUUGGAAACAUUCACCUUCAGUUCCACUCAAGCGGAAACCACUAUGUGUGGAGCAAAGUGACUUCGACUGUUCAUAACAUUAUUGUGGGAAAACUUUGGAUUGAUCAGUCUGGGGACAUUGACAUUGUAAACCAUAGAACCAAGGACACCUGCCAUCUCAAAUUCUCCCCAUACAGCUACUUCUCCAGAGAAGUUCCUCGUAAAGUGACAGGAGUGAUAGAGAACAGAGAAGGCACAGCCAGCUACAUCCUGUCAGGGACCUGGGAUGACAAGAUGGAGAGUGCCAAAAUAGUGGACAGCAGCCAGGGAUGCGGAGGUUCCGAAGGCAAACAAAAAACAGUUUAUCAGACUCUUCAGCCCAAACUGCUGUGGAAGAAAUAUCCCCUCCCAGACAAUGCAGAGAACAUGCACUUUUUCUCCUCCUUAGCCCUGACACUCAAUGAGCCAGAAGAGGGUGUUGCGCCCACUGACAGUCGUCUGCGGCCAGACCAGCGUCUGAUGGAGGCGGGUCUGUGGGAAGAGGCAAACUCCCAGAAGCAACGACUGGAGGAGUCCCAGAGGCUGGAUAGGAAAAGAAGGGAGGCGCAAGCUACACAGGCACUGGAGGAAGGGCAAGACCUCGAGGGUUACAAUCCACUGUGGUUUGAGAAGAGGACAGAUGACACAACAAGAGAAAGCACCUACAUGUACAGGGGCGGCUAUUGGGAGACCAAAGACAGACAGGACUGGAGCCAAUGUCCUCAGAUCUUCUAGGGCUUAACUUCCCUUCACAAUGUGUCCUCAGACUGGAGGUUCCUCCUCAUUUAAGGAUACUCUGUGAGUUAUAAGGACUAUUUUGGGAUAUGGAUGUUUGUGUGUGUGUGUGUGUGUGUGUGUGUGUGUGUGUGGGUGGGUGGGUGGGUGUGUGUGUGUGAGUGUGUAACUGAAUUUAAAGCACAAAACAAGCUCCUGCUUCCACCUACUGAUCUACUCUCUCCUGCUCCGUUUUAACAUGUGUUUGCUGAAGGCAUGGCGCCUCGGUUCAUGUGUGCUGUGUAAUCGCUUACUCAGCACUGCAGGGAACUUACAUUGCAGAGUACAUAAAGUUCUCAUGUGUGUCUAAGUAUGUCCUUGGGGCUGAAAUACUGUAAAUAUGCUUUACUUUUUCUCUGAAACAUACUUUAUUCAAAGGGUGUGUGUGUUAAACUUCGGGGUAAGGAGUGCUGCAUUUGUUUUGGUACAACAACUGAAUGUCUUGUUCUCCUCAAAGCUGGAAAAACAUGUUCCUCAUGCUGGGCUCCAACACAGACACCGGCUUUUAAAAGACCAUAGCAGGACAAAACAUUCUUGUGUGCUAGAAUACUUUUCACACAUAAAUCCAUCUCCUGAUCCCUCUGAUUAUUGAUGAUGUUUGCUAUACUACUUGUUUCAAUUACGUUUAAAAAACUGAAACUUGAAGUGUUAUGUUUUUAAACUUGUACAGCUUGCCAAACUGGGAGGAUCUAAGUGAAGUUAUGGGAAAUGUAGGAUCCAGCAGGUUUGGAGCUUAAAACAUACUUAGGACUAAAAGUCAGGAUAUCUUAACGUACACUGAACUCCUCUCUAUUUAUGUCUCUCUAAAAAACUUCACUUUUAUUUGAGUGCAAGCCUAAAUAACUGAAAUAACCCUUUCAAUCUCUUAAGACUGAAGUCUCUCUGAAGAGUAAAUCUGCUAAAUCAGGGGGAUUUGUUUUGGUGCUCAAUGGUAAUUUUAGCCUUAAUUAUGUAAUGAUGUAGUAAGUCCCUUGUAAACCCUCUAUCAGAAACAUGUUGUGAAGAAAUCUCACAGACCUUUUUCUCCAAGGGUACUUGCAUGUGUACAUAAAGAUGAAUUUCAUUUUAUUUUGUCUAAACUAUAAUUCAAAUAUAAGGUUCAUUGUCUUGGUAAGUUGAAACAGACUUGUUUUCUCCCCUUAUUGAGACGGUGGGAAUGUGGGCGGGUUCCUCAUUUGAAACUGGAAUUAUUUGGACAUGUAAGCAAUAACACAACUGCAUGGUCACUAGAUAAGAAACGUGUCCCAAGUCAGGUGUUUUAUGCAGCAAAAACAGUGUAUUCUAUUCACAGUACUUCAUUAGAUGAAUGAUUGUUAUGUGAUGACGUCUGUUUUAUGCACAUCAAUCAGAAAACUACAAAUACAGAUGUAUGCUAAGGUUUUUUUUUGUGCAAGCAGGCACUGAUGUAAAUGAGUAGUGAAUGUACAUUCUAUAACCAGUAUUAUCCUAUUUAUUUAUAGAUUUCAGCUUCCUGUGUAUUGUAAAAAGCAUUGGAUGGUGGGUUUCUGCCUGUAUAUAGCAAGAAAAUAAUAGAAAUAGGAACACUAUUCAUUGUCAUUGUUUCACAUAACUUGAAGAUUGCAUUGUGGUCACUACUUAAACUCUGUGUGUGAAUAAAUCUUGAAGGUGUUAAGAAUGUUUACCAGCUAAUGAGAUGUUGGGGGAAAUAUGAAUAAGUAACUAAAUGAAGUGAAGAUACAGUAUUUAUAAUAUUGAUGGUGCAAAUAAGGUGUUGUUCAAAACAAGCACAAUAUAAUGUUUUCCUACAGGUAAUGCAUUAUACAUGAGGCAUAGACGUAUAGCUUUCCAUGGCAGCACAUAGCUAUGCAUGGUAUUAGAGUGCUGAAACAUUUGUGUAGUGAAGAGCCUCUUCACCUAUAGCUAAUUGUUUAUUGACUCUUACUGAAAUAUGUGAACUCACCUUCUGUGCCCUCUGACCUCAGAAAUUUGACAUUUUUGAGCUCAAAUAAAAACAUAAAGCUGUCA